AUGGCCGGCUCAGGGUCCCCGGCUCCCCGCGGGUGCCUCUGCCUCUGCCGGGCCUCCUGCGCUUGGCUGGGGGUGACGCUGCUGCUUCUCGCCGACUGGCUGCUGCUCCGGCCCGCGCUGCCCGGGAUAUUCUCUCUGCUGUUUCCCACGGCGCUGCUGCGGGUCUGGGUGGUGGGCUUGAGCCGCUGGGCCGUUCUGUGGCUGGGGGCCCGCGGGGUCCUCAGGGCCACGGUCUCCACUAGCGGAAGUGCAGGAGUCCAGAGCUGGCUGGCAGCUUUGGAGCCACUGGCGGCGGCGCUGGGUUUGGCCCUGCCGGGACUUGCCUCGUGCCGAGCGCUGGGCUUGUGGGGAGUCCCCAGGGAUGGUGGCAGCACCCGGCUGCUGCACUGGGCAGGUCGUGCGGACGCCUUCCUCAUCAGCUACGCAGCGGCGCUGCCCGCGGCCGCCCUGUGGCACAAGCUUGGGAGCCUUUGGGUGUCCGGCGGCCGUAGCCGCUCUGGAAACGCCGUGCGCCGGCUUCUCGGCUGCCUGGGCCCGGAGAUACGGCGCUUCCCGCUGUUUCUGGUGUUUUUGAUCUUCUCCUGCCUCGGGGAGAUGGCCGUCCCGUUCUUCACCGGUCGUCUCACUGACUGGAUACUACAAGAUAAAGCAGCUGCUGCCUUCACGCGCAACAUAACUCUUAUGUCCGUUCUCACCGUAGCCAGCGCGGUGCUGGAGUUCGCGGGUGACGGCAUCUAUAACAGCACCAUGGGUCGUGUGCAUAGCCGCUUGCAUGGAGAGGUGUUUUGGGCUGUCCUGCGCCAGGAGACAGAGUUUUUCCAACAGAACCAAACAGGUGCCAUCACAUCUCGGGUAACGGAGGACACGGCCACCCUGAGUGAGUCUCUGAGUGAGAAGCUGAGCCUGUUGCUGUGGUACCUGGUGCGGGGGCUGUGUCUCUUGGGGCUCAUGCUCUGGGGGUCACUGUCCCUCACCAUGGUCACCCUGGUCGCCCUGCCUCUGCUUUUCCUUCUGCCUAAGAAGCUGGGAAAGAGGUACCAGUUGCUGGCAGUACAGGUGCAUAAAUCUCUGGCAGAGUCCAGCCAGGUGGCCAUUGAGGUCCUGUCAGCGAUGCCUACAGUUCGGAGCUUUGCCAACGAGGAGGGUGAGGCCCGGAGGUUUCGACAAAAGCUGCAGGAAAUGAAGAGUCUUAACCAGCAGGAGGCGCUGGGCUACGCAUUUAACUUCUGGACCACCAAUAUCUCCGGGAUGCUACUGAAGGUGGUAAUCCUGUACAUUGGAGGGCAGCUGGUAAUGAGUGGGGCUGCAAGCAGUGGGGACCUUGUCACAUUUGUUCUCUACCAGAUCCAGUUCACCACAGCUGUUGAGGUUCUGCUCUCCACCUAUCCCAGUGUACAGAAGGCCGUGGGCUCCUCAGAGAAAAUAUUUGAAUACCUGGACCGGACCCCUCGCUGCCCAGCCAGUGGCCCUUUGACUUCCGUAGACUUGAAGGGCCUUGUCCAGUUCCAAGAUGUCUCCUUUGCCUAUGGAAACCAGCCAGAUGUCCCAGUACUGCAGGGGCUGACCUUUACCCUACGUCCUGGUGAAGUGACUGCCUUGGUGGGGCCCAAUGGAUCUGGGAAGAGCACAGUGGCUGCUCUGUUGCAGAACCUGUACCAGCCUACGGGGGGUCGUUUGCUGCUGGAUGGGGAGCCCCUUCCCCAGUAUGAGCAUCGCUACCUGCACAGACAGGUGGCUGCAGUGGGACAAGAGCCACUGCUAUUUGGAAGAAGUCUUCGAGAAAAUAUCGCCUAUGGCAUGAUCCAGGAGCCAGAUAUGGAGGAAAUCACAGCUGCUGCAAAGAAGUCUGGAGCCCAUAAUUUCAUCUCUGCAUUCCCUCAGGGCUACAACACAGAGGUAGGUGAGGCUGGGGGCCAGUUGUCAGGGGGUCAGCGACAGGCAGUGGCCUUGGCACGGGCAUUGAUCCGGAAACCACGUGUUCUCAUCUUGGAUGAUGCCACCAGUGCCCUGGAUGCAGACAGCCAGUUACGGGUGGAGCAGCUCCUGUAUGAAAGCCCUGAGCGGGGCUUGCGAUCUGUGCUUCUCAUCACCCAGCGCCUAAGCUUAGUGGAGCAGGCUGACCACAUCCUCUUUCUGGAGGGGGGAAGCAUCUGUGAGGCAGGAACCCACCAGCAGCUCAUGGAGAAGAGGGGACGCUACUGGGCUAUGGCGCAGACCCCUGGAGGGUCAGGUGCUCCGGAAUGAGAGACUAAUCAGCACUGCACACUCCAUAUCCUUCUCUUCUCUUCUCUGUGGUGGAGAAUUUGGGAGCAAAGAUCUACCAGUGAUAGAGUAGUCAACUGCUUCUGGAAGGAGUUAAUCCUAAAACAUCCUAAAAUUUAACCCCGUUGGUGAUGCUUGAAAUCCUGUCAUGAGUGUUACCUCUUUUUUUUUUUUCCUUUUUUUUCCUGUCCCACCUUUUCUUGAUAAUGUAGAAUUCCUGGAAGAUGAACAUAGGGUUUAUAACUCCUUAGUGUAACCGGGUUUAGAGCUAGGGUUGAUGCUUUGGUGUGGAUAGCACCCUGAAAAUUCAUAGAAAUAUUCAGAAUUUACAGAAAACUAUUUUCCAACACAACCAAAGGACACUAUGCUGGCCCAUAAAUAACCUGUGGAUUCUUGGUAUUUAUAAUAAAAUUGGUAUUUUGUACUGUG